CGCGAGUCCUCCUUAAAGCGCGCGGAGGGUGGCGCGCGCGUCAGCUCACGGGACACGAGGCGGGCGGACCGCGGGGUGAGGAUCAUGUGUAGUCCACGCGCCGAAACUAGGUUACAGCGAGCCGCAGAGAGGAAAGAGCUCGAGGACGAAGAGCUGCUGCUUCAUUAUUUUAGAAGUGUUAAGUCACCGCGACACCUCUGAGACUGCGCAGAAGAAGAAGAAGUAGAACAAGAAGCUAACCGAAAACACAACCUUGCUUUUUAUUUACAUUUAAGGUCUGCGCGCGAAGAGAAGGCAGAAAAGCCGUAUGAGGAUUUGGUGUUGUGACAGUUUUCAGCUGCUCCGCUCAGGAGCGAAACCGUGCGCGUCGCUCUUAGUGUUUCUUUGCUUCAUUCCCAUCUGGAGUUGCAUGACUUGAAGAGUUGGAGAGACACAACCAGCAUCAUGAGAGGUGAGUUUUUAUUUUGUUUUAACGUAAUUGUGAUAUUUGCUUGAAUUUCCUCUUAAGUGAGGUUUGUAUAUAACUUUGGAGUUGCGUCUAGUUGGAUGAAGGCACUGCUUUCAGCCUGAGUCCGAAGUGCGUAGUCUGCAGGAGCGCGCAGGAAUAAACGCCACAUUGGAUCUUUGAGCUAAAUCUUUCUCUAUGUAGACCCAGAGUGCUUUAUCAAAGUAUAAUAUCAUACCCUCAAGUUGUUUACAGUCUAAAUAAGCUUUAAAAGACGUGUUUACCAUACUUUAGGAGUAAAUUUCUAAUUAAUAUCUCUGCACACAAAGGCAAGUUUUAUGCACAAGUAUUAACUGUAUUAUUGUAGGCCAGUAAAUGCAAAAUGUUAAGGGCGUGUGUUUAUUUUUGCCUGUAGAAAGAGGAAUGCGUUGGAGCCGUUGUACUUUAUUCCACUGCUGAGUGACUCGGGUUAUGUAAGAGAGGAGAGGAGAGGGGGGAGGGAGGGAGAGGGAGUGAGCGGAGUGAUUCAGAGCCUGUCAACCCGCACCGACAUCUCCUGACAGCGACAGCUUACUUUGAAUUAAAACCUUUUUUCUCACAUUCUUCUUCAUUUUUCUGCAUUGUUUUAAUCUAAUAGACCUCACCAUCACUUAUGUGUUAUCUUAACAGCUGUACGGACAAUAUAUGUUGAGUUGUUCGUCAUUGCGCAUGAUGUUUUUAUGCGAGUUAAAUCACUGAUUAUUGGUUUUAUAUUGUGUUUUACUUUGACAGGUAGUUCAUGGAUAGUCUGUGUGUGUGUUUUGUUUUCGAGAGAGAGAGAGAGAGAGAGAUGAGGUGCUCCAUUGACCUAGUUCUGUCAUUGAGGAUUAUAGCAGUUGUGUGCGUGAGUGUACGUUCGUGCGCGCGCGCCUGGGGGUGGGAGUGCAUGGUUUGUCGUCAUAUCUGAUGAGACAUUGUUGAUAAUUGAAAUCAGUUGGCACGGCAGACUGCUCCUCUCUCUAACACCCUGUAUAUGUGAUUUUAAGGCACUUUGCAAAACACUGCUGCAUUAUACUAUCACAGUUAAACCAUUUGACUAUUUCUGAAUCAUUUGGUUCCUUUAAAUGCCAAAUAUUUCUGUGCAAUAUCCAUUAAAAGAUGUUUUUUUUUUCUCUCUGUUAUAUAACUUUGAAACACUGAACAGUAAAGAAGAGUGUUCUGCAGUUUGGUCGCUGAAGCUCAUGCACCACUGUGACAAGCAGGAUAUGGGCACAGCAAGCUCUCACGUAACCAUAAAGCACAGCAGGGUUCAGUUAAGCUCAGUUUCCUCUGCCAGCUAGGGUUACUUACAUCAACAAGAGUGUUUGUAAUGCCUGAUAAGCACAACUUAUCUGUCUGAUUUUCUCCGGAUAAAGCACACACAUCACUUAUGACCCCGUGUACAUAUUUCAUUUGACUCAAUCAUGCUGGAGUGUAAAUUUCACCUGAAGAUUACAGUUAUUUUUCCCUGAGUCACCCUAUUGCCUUCUGCAGUGCAAUAAGCAAAGCUGUUGUGCUUAUUCAUAAGAGUUAUUCCUGUUACUUGUCUCAAAAACAGGUUAGACGGGUUAGAUGCAACAUGAUCUAAUAAACAAACUUCAUUCAAACACCCUUAGAUGUUGCGCCUCAGUGCACCAGUGGUGUUCAGGCUAGUCUGGGAUCAAAGAUACAGCAGCGGUAAAGAAGGACGGCUGUUCUCUUUGCCUCUCAAGGCCAUUGCUGCGCUUUCACUAUCUGUUGAGUUUGCAGCCUCGGGGAAGUUCACAGUGAGCUACAGUAUGUGUCAAGGUGCCCUUUCUCUCUGACAACUGCACGCUAAGAUUCCAUUCCCCUUAUCUGCAGCGUCAACUCUUCACCUCGCCUACAUGUUAAUACAAAAGAUGAAUGUCAAAAUGUCCGCGUGGAUCUUUGCCUCUUUGUGUCUUUGGAUUAAAACGGAAACAUUUGAUUCUACAGUACAAAGGUCUUUUCAAUGGCUGCUAAAAAAAUUCACAUCUUCUUUAGGUUUUGGUGUAUCUUCUAGAUAAGUCAUUUCUGAUAGGGCUGUAUCUGUUCACAGAGUAUGUCAACACAUAGACUGAAAGAGAUUUUAAUUUGAGGUGACCAUGAUUGCCGCGGCAUACUCCAAAAUUUGUUCCCGUGGUUUGUUGCAGCAGCGUUCAAAAUUACCGUGUUGCAGCGAACUGAAUUCCUAAGUCUGGAUUUGCUUGUGCUACAGAGGCCCACUUGGGUUCUGGCUGGGUGCUGCAUACACAGCAUGAUCAAGCAAAUGCACUUCAUCUCCUCUGAUCAAUGGUGAGGGAUUACAGAGGCACAGGGUGUGAAUCCUGGUUUCUUGGAAGUCAUGUAGUUGCGCUGUUGCUCUGCAUGCAAAUGUAAAUCACAGACAAAGCAUUGAGCGGUGUUUGCAAAUCGUUUGCAAGGUGAAGACGAUCCAUCAUUUUAUUAAGAGCUGUGUGUAUUUGGUUGGCUUGAAAGUUAUACUACAUGAUUGAUUUUAGACUGUUACGUAUGUUUUUUUUUUCUCUUAUUCAAAACUGUCAGAGAAUUUUUGUUUCUUUUUUAUCGACUGUAUUUAAAUUUUCUGUUGUCAUAUGUGUCUUUUUUACACCGUAACAUAGUGCAUUUCCAUUAAUGAGCAGUCACAGUGUCAGUAUUCUUGCUCAUUUCUAACUGAGGCUUUCUCUCUGUGUAAUCAGACGGAAAUUCUCACAAUGAACUCAAUACAUUAGUGCAUGUAAAGCACUUCAGCUAUAUAGCUGCGGCUGAAUUCAAUGCAUGAUGCAGGCCAUUUAUCUCCUAUUGAACCAACACUGUAGCUGCUGAGUAAUUGCCUACACCUGUAUUGCAUUUUUAAAGAGCUUGAGGUCGGUGUCAGGCCAUAUUAUAGUACCUGUGUACUCUUGGCAAGACAGUGGAGGAAUAAAAGGGGGAAAAUGCAAUCAUUACCAGUUCACACAGAGAUGUAUAAAGCCUUUUUAUUAAAAGGUAUGUAGAUGAAGAGAAGAAUGACAGGACCUAUCAGGAUAUCUAUGAAAUUAACCGCUUGACUGGGCAAAUCUUUGCGGUUGUAACUUCACAGUGAGGUAAAACCCGCGUUUCAAUGUAGGUUAAGUAUACAGUAUAUGAGGUAAAAGUAAAGUGCAAGGCAAAUAGGACUUUGGACUGUGUUUGAUUAGUUGGGAUGAGAGGGCAAAGUCUCCCUUGCUGAGGGUUUACAGCAGAACUGAAGAAAAGUGCUGACCAUCAGGGACUGACACACUGACUGAGUGACACACAUAAAGCGUUGACGUCUUACACACAUUUUACUUCAAAGUUCAGUCAAUAUUUCCCUUAUGUAAGAAAAGGCGUCUUUGAAAAUUAAAAAAAAUCAUUAUCACCCUAUAGUCAUUAUUGAUACUGCACUAAAAAGCCUCCAAGCUACCAAUUUUCAUUUAUUCUUGUUGGAUAUAAAUGAGAUUUUGUUCAAGCUCUAUUCCUGCUUUAAAGGCAGAAUUAACCUAGCCAAGCUGAGUUUUGUAACAAUGAUUAUUGUAAUAGCACUUAAAUUGUGUUCCAGCAGUUAUUUUUAAUGUUUGUCUUUAACAAAGACUCAUUGAAAAGCUCGAAGUCCAGCUGUAGCUUGAGCUCAUGUUCAUGCGAUUUCAGACCCUGAUGAGGCCCAGCUGCGAAACAACAUACCAACAAUUAUAAAUAUGCACCGAGCAGACUUUUUUAGCAAACUGAGACCACGCUGACAGUGCUUCACACAAGAUGCAAGAGCGUUCACUCCGGUCCAAAUAAACGUUGUGUAACAUUUUGUUUGCCAGUAGAUUAAAAUAAGCUGAGGGAAUCUCUUGGCAGUGCAGUGCAGCAGAAGUAAAAAUAGAGGUAUGGUCGGUGAAGCACAUACGCAGCUGAAAUUUCACUCAAAUACUUGACGUGCUGUAACAAGUUGAGUGCUAUGCUACUAUUAGCCACGUAUGUUCCCUCUGCUGCAGUUUACAGCACUGGAUGUUUCUGAAAGUAUUUCCAGAUGUUUCACAAGUUGUAAAAUCUCCACUGGAGCCACUUGGCCCUGCCAGUUUUGACUGGUCGUCCAUCUUACAGUACAGUAAUCAAACCUCACAUUGUUUCCCUUCCAAAACAGAGAGAAGGGCUCCUCCCUCCUUUUGCUUAACCAGAUUUGGUUCCACCUUAAAAAAAAAAAUUAGGCAAGGAACCAGGUUUUGUUUCUUGUGUGGCUGUAACCACAAGUGCCUCCCCUUUGCUUGAAUGGGAAACUGUGUCAGUGGAGCAGUCCUGCUUUCUGGGCCUGACUGUGCCGCUCAGCUGACUGGCAGGUGAGGCAGCGAGUCACAUAUGAAGCCGCCCACUCAGCAACCAAUAGGAGUGCAAGGGGUUGAGGGAGGAUCUUCACCCCUGUUGCCUAGACUACCACCUUUGAAUGAGUGUGUUCAUGGAAUGUGGCCAGACGGCGGUUAUAUAACAGGCCGAUGGGCGGGGUGGAGGCUCUGGAAGGGGAGCGGUAAGGGGAGCAAUGGAGAAAGAGAUUUUUUUUUCCGUUGCCCUUUAUUUAUUUAUAUCCCUCAGUUGUGUUGCGUUAGCUGGUAGGAAUCCUACCAAAAUGAACCACUCAAACAUGUUACCAGCUCUGCAUAUACAGUCUUAGAGGAAGGAAUUUAAGGGUAAUGUCAGUCACUGAACACUUCGUCUUUUUCUCGGAGUGUGACGCACUCAAGUCCCCACACACGGUGAUUCAUGUUAUUGGUUGGUUGUAAGUACUUUAUAAAAGAGCCUUCGGUAAAGAGCAAUUUUCUGAAAAGCUGUGAAGGCCGGUUAAAGCAAUUGCUAUAGUGUGUACAGGUUACCUAAUACCCUGUUUGACCCAUCUAAAAUGGUUUAGAGAAUGUUUGGCGCACCCUGCAGCCCAAGCCAAAUCAAAUCCUGCACACAGUGGACGGACACAGUAAAGAGCGGUUGUUUCAUGGAGAACAAUUUUAGGCCACAACACAGCAGUAUACCUCCGAAUACCUGCUGACAUUUUGUUCAUCUUGGAGAAGGAGAGUCAAAGAGAGAGUGAGAGAAGUGAAACUUUAUAACCCUGGGCCUCAGCUAAUGCAAUUGACCUGCUAUUCUGGGCUUGAGGAGGCCCAGCUACUUAGAUAAACAACAUAAUGAAAAGAACAGGCUGUUCCUCUGUAAGAAGGCUCAGGCUUCCACAAUGAAAACAAGGCAUACAAUGUAUACACAGUCUGUACUGUCAGUCAUAAGAUUUAUGGUGUUUUUGACGCUUUCCUUGUGCCCUCACUAUGCUAUAGAAUUAAAACCUGAAGUUCUUGUGAGCAAAUCUGAAGCGAUCCUCUGGAAAUAUUUUUUGCACCACUCUAACAGCUUUGUCUCAGCUCACUGUGUAAAAAGAUUCAGUAUGAAUGUGUAUCUGUGACAGGCUACCCACUUUAAUCAAUAUGAAAAAGGUGUGUUAUUAGCAGUAUUUGCUGUAAACAUUGUAGGCCAUGAAAAGCAAAUGUCAAAUGUUCCUAGAAGUAGAAAAAAAACAAAAGUCUUUAUUUGCAAUCCUACUGGAUUGUUUCCAAAUGUAUGUUUGCAUGAUACAUAGCCCGGGGCUGGAUUUUUUCUUUACAUAUGCUAAUGGAGAUGUCAGUUAUGUAAUCGUUUUAGUCUUGCAAACAUCCAUCUGAAAUAUCAGAAAAUGAAGAAAAGUUAAAUUGAUAUCAGAGUACAAACACUAAUCUGUAUUCGAUGAAGCGUUUUCCUCUGUCUCACCAAUCUUCUCUCAUUUAUUUCUCGUUCCAGCUCAAAUAGAGGUGAUUCCCUGUAAAAUCUGUGGGGACAAAUCAUCAGGGAUUCAUUAUGGUGUUAUCACCUGUGAAGGCUGCAAGGUGAGCUAUUACCUCUCAUCCUCACUCAUUUUUACUUCAAGCUUUAUGUAUCCAAUCGUUUCUUUUUUUUUAAAUAAUUCUUCAACUCUAUUUCUGUUAUAUUUACCCACAUGCAUGUAUGUGGUUGCUCAGUUUUCCGCCACCUCACUGUUUUUGUGUGUGUCUCUUCCCCUCUGUAGGGUUUCUUUCGCCGCAGCCAGCAGAACAAUGCUAUGUACUCCUGCUCACGACAGAGAAACUGUCUUAUUGACCGGACCAAUCGUAACCGCUGUCAGCACUGUAGGCUGCAGAAGUGUCUUGCUCUGGGCAUGAGCCGUGAUGGUGAGUCCAGCAGUUUGAUCUAUAUUUAAUUAAGUUUCCAAGUUUCCACCUCUUGUGUUUUUCUUAUCACAUCAAACGAGUCAUUUAAUCCUUGUUUGGCGAACAUCAAACCUUCUUGAAAGUUUAAUUUUUGUCUUAAUUCUCCUGUUGCAGCGGUCAAGUUUGGCCGAAUGUCCAAGAAGCAGCGCGACAGCUUGUACGCAGAAGUCCAGAAGCACCAGCAGUCACAGGAGUGCACGGGGGUCGGUGCCCAGGAGGAGAACAGCGACUUGGUCGACCUCGGCCGUACCUACAGAAGAGGAUCCAGCACAGCGCUCAGUGAUCUGGACGACAUCACCACACUGCCAGAAGGGCUUCUUUUUGACCUGCCAUUGACCCCAGAGGAUGGAGGAGGAGAGUACUGCGGCCUGGACAUGCUGGGUGGUGGCAGCGCGGGCAGCGGCUCAUCCUCUCAAAGUUCACCAGAGCAGACCAACUUGGACUUUGUAGACGUCAACCACAGCAUCAAGCAUGAGUACCAGUUGCUGCAUGACUCUGGUCUCUUCUCACAUGCUAUCCUCAACCCACUGCCUGAAGGCUGCUCUCUGCUUGAAAUAGGUCUGUAGAGUUUACAAAACUUUGCUCUAAAUCUUGUGAGUCCACUGUUAAGAUAAAGGAAAACUCAAUAAAUCUUUCCUUUUGUCCAGAGCGUAUAACCCAGAAUGUGGUGAAGUCCCAUAUUGAGACAAGCCAGUACAGCACAGAGGAGCUGAAGAGGAUGGCGUGGACCUUGUACAGCCAUGAAGAGAUUCGCUCAUACCAGACCAAGGUACAUGUGAAACAAGUGUAAAGCAAUAUGAACUCAUUUUAGAAUAUGGGGUUCAGAGCUUCAGGAAACUCUUUCAAAAAUCUAUCCUUAUACCAGGAGUUAUUUGAAAUGUAGAGCAUAAAUCUGUAAGAAUUUCACUCAAAGUCACACAUAAAAAUGUAUUUUCCUGUCAUUUUCAUUUGGCAAUAUCAUGGGGUUAUUCUGUUUGACAAGAUUCAGAUAAAAAUGUUUAAAAUUCAGAAGGAAAACUCUAGAUUGAGAGAAAACUUCCCUCAAACAAUCAGUUGUUUCUGCUGCUUAUCACUGCUGUUAAAAGUCCAGUGAGGAGCUUUCGGCUGGUUAUGAAACAGGCUUAAAUUAAUACUGAUGCAAUAAAACAACCAACAAAGCAGCCGACAAAACCGAACAAUGCUACAACAGAUAAGAUCUUUUAUUUCACAUAACAGAAGCAGGAAAAUCACACAGCCACACAAGCUUCAAUGCAUGGUGCUUGUCAAGUGUUGCAAUGCUCAUCAAAGCCUCCCUGUCUGUUGUUUUUCUCUUACAGUCAGCUGAGGUUAUGUGGCAACAAUGUGCCAUUCACAUCACCAAUGCAAUCCAGUAUGUGGUAGAGUUUGCCAAGCGCAUCUCUGGCUUCAUGGACCUCUGUCAAAACGAUCAGAUUAUCCUCCUCAAAGCAGGUCAGUACAUGUCACACACACAAACACACAUGCACACACACACACACACACACACACACACACACAAACUGUGCAAUACAAAAUCACUUGUUUGCACUGCGUUCAGCCACACAACUGGUCAGGAGAUGUUUUUACAACAGAUGGGCCUCCGGCGAGACAUCUGUUGUGUGAUGUUUAUUACAUAGCAAACUUUUAUGUGUGACAAAGAUAACUGUUGUCAUAUGAACAGUAUAUUACCCUUAAACAGUCGUUGACUUCACAGAAAAAUCACAUGCAUGCGGAGUGACCUGAAAAGACGCACUGUGGGUCUUCCUUGUAGAAAAAGGCUGGCCUUGUUUUUGUCCCAGUGCUCUUCCUCAGCUGCCCUCUGUGGUUAACCUUCUGUGAAUCGUCAGUACUUAUAAAUCACUGAGGCACAAGUGUUAUCUACAUUUAGAUAUAGUUGAACGGUAGUUUGUCAUUGAUAACCAAACACUAAAUCAGUCAAAAAGUAAAUUUAUGGCUUUGGAUGGUGACCUUGGUAGCCUUCAUUUUGUAAGGAUCAAGAGCAGCAUACAAAGAGGUUUUGAUCAAAUACAAAACAGGUUAUCAACACGCAACAUCGAGUAUUAACAUUGUUAGUGUUACAUGUUCAAAAUCAUAACAACUGAUUACCUGUGGAAAAACAGUUUUAUUUUAACUUCAAACAAUGAGGAUACAUGAACAAACAUGCCAGGAUCUUGGAAAUGUCUGUUUUUUUGUCUUCGAUGUGGCUAAUUUUCAGUGUGUGUUUCUUUUUUUGUUGUGUGUCCUCAGGCUGUAUGGAUGUCCUCCUGAUCCGUAUGUGUCGGGCCUACAACCCUAUCAACAACACUUUGCUCUUUGAUGGGAAGUUCGCCAUCGCUCAGAUGUUCAAAGCUCUCGGUGAGUCAAUGAAUUCAUUGUUUCUCUUUCAUCACCUUCACCCUCUAUUUAUUAGGGAUUGUCACACUCAUCUGUUUAUUCUUAUAUUCCUCCCCCCCUCCCCAGGCUGUGACGACCUUGUGAAUUCAGUUUUUGACCUCGCUAAAAGCCUGAGUCGUAUACAGAUGUCAGAGGAGGAGAUGGCUCUCUUCAGUGCUGCUGUGUUGCUCUCACCAGGUACGCUUUCCGUGAUACUGUGUGACACUUUAUUAAUCAUUUUAACUUGUCCUGCUCCACAACAUUCAUAUCAGGGCGUCCAACCAUUUGUAUCCAUUGAUUCUGAAUACAAAAAGAGAGACAUUUGUAGAGAACAAAAUGAUCCAAAUUUCAUUUCAAAAAUAGAAAAGGACAUUUGUUUCCUGGCAUCACUGUCACAGAUUUAAUUGCACUCUGGAUUUGCAUAUUAUGGGUUAAACAUUUACACCACACCUGCAUCAGCUGUGCUGUGCCCAUGUUGGCAGAAUGGUUAUGCAACUGGCAUGAUAAUGUCUAAGUGUCGGUGUCAAACGCCCUUUUGGAUCAUACCCAUACUUUUGCCUGCUGUAGUGCUACAGAGGCAUUAUUUGCGUUAUAUACUCAGCUGAUAGCGACUUAGUCCAAAAUACAUUUUUACAUCCCGACUUUACAGCUGACAUUGAUUACUGUAGAAUAUGACAUGACACAAGACAUGUUUGUCACAACAAAGGCGGGGUUAAUUGGCACCCUUUUUUUAAUAGCAUAAUGAAGAGUCAUAAAUCUCUAACAGGAACAAGUUAUAAAAGUAGUCCCACCCCAUUUAAUGACCUUGCAAAUGUUUUUUCCUGGUGUUAUGUAGUCAGUGACCGCCUUUAAAAGAAUCAAAGAAAUCUGGAGUAACAGCAUACUGUUGAUAGAAAUAAUCAGAGGGAAACCAUGAUCAAAGUUUAGAUGCUUGAGUUAGAAUGCUCAGUUCACUUGUGUUCUACUUGUAGGUGUUUGUACAGUGUAAACUUACCAGUUUAGAUUUCAAAGUGACUAUAUGAACAAUGCUAAUGGAAACAUCCUGUUGCUGUAAUUCUCUACAGACCGACCCUGGUUGACAGAUGUUCAGAAGAUCCAAAAGUUGCAGGAGAGAGUCUACGUGGCUCUGCAGCGCUGCCUACAAAAAGAGGGGGCAUCAGAAGAAAAGCUAGCCAAGGUGAAUAUUUGAUUCAAAAAGCCGAUAUUCUUUGGCCAUCUACUGUAUUCCUGUAUCACAAACUUGCAUUUAUCUCAUCUCUAAAAACUCGCUCUUCUGUCGUCCCCCUUUAGAUGGUGUCCAAGCUCCCCAUAAUGAAGUCCAUCUGCAACCUUCACAUUGACAAACUGGAGUUUUUCCGUCUGGUUCACCCUGAAACAGCGUACACCUUUCCACCUCUGUAUAGGGAAGUUUUUGGCAGUGAACUCACCUUCCCAGACUCCACAGAGGGCUAACAUUGUUUAGCAAAAUUGUGUGAUUUGAAUAAUGACACUGAGGUGUAGGGAGGGGGAGAUAAAAAUGUGGCAACCAGCUGAGUCAAAACCAACCAGCAGCUCAAUGACAAUCCUGCACGCUACACUUUAGGACACACUCCUCUCACCUCCUGCCCUGCAAGCUAGUCCAUUCAGCUUCAACGUAACAACACAGGAACUGCGGCUGGCUACUCAGCGCAUGUUACCUCCUUUUGGCAGAAAUUACUCGAGAGUUGCUGACAUGAUUUUUACUCUCAAGAAAUAUUUUUCUAUGAGGAGACAUCAAACCUGUCAUUGAGUUGAAUUCCUUUCUUCUCUAAAUUUGACUCUCACCGUUCUCACAGUUCCUGUAAGCUAUUGUUGAAUGUAACCCUUUUCCCUUUAACCGCUCAGCACAGCCCUAGGCUUGUAAUAGAAUGUACAUACUUUAAAUCCUCAGCCACUUUAUGGAGAUUUGCCGUAAUGAUGCCUGUUUAUAUUGUCAGUCUAGUAACAUUUUCUUGUUUCAUUCAGUCUCUUCAGUAGCGCCCAUACUUUGCAGUUUUGUAACAAAUGAACAAACUGUGUAAAGGGACCAUGAUCAAACUUUCUAACAGGCAGGGUUUUCAAACUGCGUGAAUCAUGGGUAAACACCCCUGAGUGUCUGCCACCGUGCACCGAAAAGCUCUUGUACACAGAGCACAAAAAAAUAGCACUUAUCCUGAUCUUUAUAGCUUUUUCUACUGGCACACCCUCAGACACUGAUGGAGACGGGCUCUUUAUUUUUCUAAUGCAAUCAGUGACCUCAGUCCUUAUCCCCUCUCCCUUUACAAAUGCCACUUAACGAGUCAGAGCAGGAGGAGCAUUCUCAGAAGUUCCUUUUCUAUCAGAAAAAAAACAAAAAACAUCCAUACUGUAGAUCAUGUCAGAUGAGAACAGUAGUGAAUUCAGUUCGAGGAACGUUUCGCUUGAGCUCAGGUCUUUUUAACAGACACUGCCGACCCAAACUUUGGGGUUCUGUUGUGGAGAGAUUGUUUUUAGGUGGAGGAAAAAAAUAGCACUUAAAUUCACAGUCGAAUCAGAGACGAUCUUGCAGCACAACACAUUACAAUUUGCACUCAAACUUCCAUCUAUGAAGCCUGUUUCAAACCAGUCAUGGUUUCUGGAUGCACCCUCUCACUGCUACUCAGCUACAUGAACAAGGUGCUAGUAAGCUAGCUGAUGCCCUUUUGGGUUGCAGUUUGUGCUCUCAUGUGCACCUCAGCUCCCUCCAUGGAUGAGUGCCAUUGCCCAAACCAUCCGGCAGCAUCUCAUUCGGUGAUCGGAGAUUAUUUUUAAAAUAAAAGAAAGAGAAAAAAAGGAUGUGGUUAAAAGAAUAACAGCGGUGGGUUUGGGUGAAGGGCAGAAUAGAAUAGAAAGUGGAUAGGUGGGUGCAGGUGUUUAAGCUCCUUAGACUUCAGUUAGAGGGGAUUUACAGUCUGCGUCGACUCUUACUGCUUCAGGGUCAGACGGGCUGUGCUGCCACGGACGGCCUUGGUCUUCUGAUUGGAGAAUUAAAUCUUCUGUUCCUUCCCCCCCUGCUCCCUUACUACCUCACCCUCUUGAAACACUACACAGCACAGCAAAGGGUUGACAGAGCCAUCAGCUACCCCCCUGAGUUAGUAUUUAUGCAUCCAUGCUGUAGAGCUUCUUUAAGUUGAAAUUUGAAGGCCAGUGAUAACUCCUAAAAUAUACCACGCCCUCUAAACUGGACAUUUGACUAAAGCAUGCUUCAUUGCUGGAUCUGAUUUUGCUACUUUUCCUUCUAAACUGCUUCUCUGUCACUCAAGAGCAGUCCAGGCCUUGAGGUCCUGAGUGACCUACUUAGAUAUGGAUCUAUGUGAAGGAAGGUCUCUGGAGACACAUGAGAGCAAGAGGGUGUGUCCAGAUGAAACCUUUUCUUUAAAGUAAGGGGACGUAUUGGAUUUCUCUACAAAACAAAGCAUAUUUAUGCCGUUGUCUUCGAAGAAACAACAAAGAAAGAAAACAUUGCUUAUUUCAUUUUCAGACAAUCACUUGACACAUUUUUUAUGUCUAUGUCUAUUUAAUAUGUCAGCCAGGUUUGCACUGCUGGGACAGUGCUGUUUGCCAUACAAUAUAUUAUCUCACAUAGUAUGAAGGGUUAUUACCCUUUUCUGGGUACGUAAGACAGUGGCAUGAUGGGAUUGUGCAAUAAUGUCUUUCCCAUUGUUCUCAGUAUGUUGGGCCUUUGUUGCCAUGUAUUACAGAUAAUAUUUCACAAGCACUCCAGCAAAGUUAACCUCGCAGCGCAACCGAUGAUUUCAUGAAAAACUAUAAUGUACCAAAUAAACAGCCAACCACUACACAGGUCAGCCAUCAGCUGACACAGCCAGAUGACCUUUUGGAGAUUGUAACAAAGUGCAAUGCUUUGUGUGUCGAGUCCUCGAAUGUUAGACUUGCUGGUUCUGAGGAAUCAGCUUUGUUUAUAGUUUAUGCAGGUCUAAAGCUGUCCAGGGAGCAGCGCUGAAGAUCUGCACUAACAUUUCCGUCUAGAGUUACUCAGGGAGAUAGCUGGGCUCUCUGUCCUACAGUGUCUGCAGUCAGUCUAGCUAGCAAGACACCUUGCACCAACAUAGAAGACCUUAAAACCUUGAUCACUGUGUACAGUUCAUGUUCUUGUGAAUGUUUGAUUUCAGAAGUAUCAAAGAUUUUUACCCCUGUCUAAUAUCAUUAUUUCAAAACCUUAUGGAGUUUGAGUCAUAGUUUAAAAUAGAAUAUUAAAAAAAAGUAAGCCUAGUUAAAUAAAUAUAAAAGAUGGAUUAUAAUCUCUGAAUCUUGUGUUGGUUUUGUUGUGAUCUUUUGUUUCUUAAUUUUUAUCCUUAUAUGUACUGUUUUUUCUCAUCAGUUUAGUGUCCUUUUUGUCUUGGAGAGAUGUAAUUCUAUUUUUUUAAAGAGCGUUUUUAACAAUGUCUCCCUAAAAGUUUCUCUUUUGUCAUGAUCCUUCUGUUUAUGAUAUGUUGACGCUAUUUUAAGAUUAUUAUUAAUGAAUCAAUAUAGAUUUUAAUAAGAAAUAAUUUAUGAUAUGUUAUGGAUAUAAAGCCCAAGAGGUUUUAACACUGUAAGGUGUUAUUGCACAAUGGUGAUACAAUAUGUGGAUUUAAGAAUGUAAUAAAAGUCUUUUUACAGUAAAAUGAAAAC